GAUCUUUUGAAGUCGGUUUCUGAUUCGCUUUGUAUAAACAUAGCAUCAAUUCAAGCUGAAUUGUGUCUCGAAACAGCUUGGGAUUAUCAUUAUUUUUGUUGGGUUUGGUGAAAUUGGCUUAAUUUUCUUCUGGGUGCUUUUUAAAUUGGUUAAUUAGUUGUUCUCUUUCUAGCAGAUUGUUGUUGUUACAUCAUGUACUGCUCUAUUUUGUUUCCCUUUUUGCCAAGGUGUUGUUGCUUGCUAAUUACUCAUUCCGGAUCAAAGUUAUAUGGUUGGUGUUUAUGAUGUUUGAAAGUCAUGAAAUUGUUUACUUAUAUAUAAGAUUUUAUUGCUUCUCAGCUUCUUUCUUGCUCAAAGAAUUGUAUGGCCAAGAAUGAAAAGGUAAAUAAAAAGAACCUUUAUGACCCAAGCAUUUAUUGAGGGGUUUUAAGUUAGUCUUUUAUGAAUGAAAAAUCUAUAUGCUUUAUUUGGAAUUUCCGUUUGUUUCUAUCUUUAUUUUGAUUCGGAAGGAACACUAUGAUUAAAUCUUGAUGAAGCAGAAAGCAGAGGCUGAGAUAUAUUAAUGCAAUAGACCUGUCACUUUACAUGCUUUUCUUGUGAUAUCAGUCUUACUUUAUUGAACUUUCUUCUUCCUGCUGUGAAUUCUCAUAUCUCAUUUAUACCUGUAUGCUCUAAACAUUUGAAGGGCAUUUGCUCCAAUAAUAAAAAAAUGUAGUUUGUUGUUGUUAUAGGAAAGGAGGGAGGUGCCGUGUUAACAGUUUUUUACAUUGUGCUCAAUCAAUAUCUUGGUGAGGAGCAACAUCCAAAUUAACCUUGGGCUGGCAGAUAUAUAGAAGAUAAAGUAUAAUAUGGGAUGCUUUGUAUCAACCCCAAAGGAUUCAGGUGGGAAAAGAAGGAGGCCAGGAAACAUCGGAGAAGUAGCAGUUUUUGUUCCUGGUUUACGGAUUCCCAAACCUGUGGAUUUUUCUGAGUCACUCGGUGACCACUUGUGCAAGAGUUUAGUGGAGCGGCUUUCUGCUCUUAGGACACGUAUAGUUGUUAUGGCUGGACAAGAAGCUCCAUCUAUCACGAGAACACGGAGAAGAAGUGCUACCCAACAUGGAGGCUCAACUUUAGGUGAUCUUCUGCAGGCCCUUGAAGAUUAUUUACCAGUCCUUCUAGGACUGGUUAAAGAUGGAAGCCCGUUGCAACAUAAAGUACAAUUUACAUGGAUAAACCAGGAGGAUGAUUCAGAAGAAAUGGGGAUGUAUAGUGCUUGGUAUGAAGUAUUGUCUGUUUUGCACUUGAUGGCAGCUUUAUCACUAUCACAAGCUAACUUGUUGCUUCUCCCAAGAACGUCCACUGAUGGUUAUUUGCCUAAAGUAUCAGAAGAAAGCAGGAGAUCUGCAAUUGAUAUUUUGUUAAAGGCAGCCGGAUACCUUGAUUGUGCAGUAAGGCACAUACUUCCGCAGUUGCCUCCUGAACUCAGGAGAGAUCUGCCAGUGGACCUCGCCGAAGGAGUUCUGAGAGCACUCUGCCUUCAGGCACUUGGACAGGGUGUCGACAUACAACUUGGGCUUGCAAUUGACAGUACCAAAGCCACACUUGCAGUGAAACGAAGGCUUGCUUGUGAGAUGGUCAAGUAUUGGCAGCAGGCCCAAGAUAAUAUUACGAACCUUCCACUAGCUAAUGGUUGGGGUGAGAAACACCGCUUUUAUAUCAAGUGGAAAUAUAUUGAAGCCAAGGCAGGCGCGUAUUAUUAUCAUGGCUUGAUUCUCGAUGAAGGUAACACCGAAAAAUCACAUGGAAUGGCUGUAUCUGCUUUACAAGCAGCAGAUGAGUAUCUGAAAGAAAGCAAGAGGGCAUGUGAAGCUUUCAAUACAGCAGUUCCUCUCUCAAGAACUCCACCUCUUUGGGGAACAAUGAAGUAUCUCUCUGAAAAAAUUCCGAAAGACACUUCUAGCAAGGUGCGGAUCAACCGGGAUUUAUACACUUAUGAAAAAAUCAUGGAAACGGCACCAACAUUACCUGAUUUUGCUUUGGCUCUGAAGCCCGAUGAAUAUCAACUCCCUGAUGUCGACGCCUCGUGGAACCAUGAAAAUGCGAACAAGGGCCACCACAAAGAUUAAGAACGGAUACGAUCGUCACGCACCAUGGUUUACAAAGGUUGAUGACCAAAACAUGGAUCAUAUCAUUCCCUUUGUCACUUCAACAACUCCAUUUUUAUGAAUCAUUUUGUUGGUGAGUUUGUUCAAAAGCGUUAUCAUUGUUCAUAAUAGCAAUGUAUGUAUACUUUCAAUGCACCAAGUGUUUUAAUAUGAGAUAUGGAACUUGUACAAUGUUGA